AAAAAAAAAAAGAAAGAAAGAAAGUGAGAGAGCACAAAAACUCCGGCGACAACUCCAGUCCGCCUCGGCCUCUGUUUAAAUUUCUCUGCUCUUAUAGAAAGCAAAGUAAACUGCAUUUUCCUUAACUGAAAACCUAGCCGGAAAACGGCUUUAUUCGCUGCCGUGAGAUGGGCCUUGAGCCGCCGCCUCCUCCGGUUUUAUUCUCUAUAUAUAUAAUUUCAUUUCCUCUACAAUUUAUUAUUCACCAAAUCGGACCUUAACUUGUUUUGUAAUUAGCAUCAGUAAUUGGAAUUACGGAUGGCCUUAAUGUGGAAGAUGCUGGAGAAAGUAAGGAGAUGUUUGAGGACUAUAUAUUUCAUGGCGGCGAUGUUAGCGUCGCUGCUGAUGCUAUCGGCGCCGGUGAUGGUGAUACUAGGGGAUGUACUGGUACCGAGCGUAUUGAUUUCAAGCUUCACGUGCGUAAGGUGUUACAGUUUCAAGGAGCAUUUGCAACGAUAUGCCUUCAAAACUUCCUUGACCGAUAUUCCUCUCGUUUCCAUUCUGAGAUCUCUUCUCAUCACAUGUGUUUAUUCUCUGUGUGAUGGACCUGGUCUCUCACAUGGACCAUAUCUCGGGACUGUUACAUUCUGUUCAUUUAUAUCCAUUGUUCUUCUUUCCGUAAAGGCUUGUGUUUUCUCUGUCAAUUCAUACCUCGAGGCUGAAGCUGAAGCUUCAUCUGCUAUCUCAAAGCAAAAGCUUCAUUUGAAAAAGUCAUGGGGGAUGCCUGUGUUGUUUCUAUCAUCUGUAGUGUUUGCUAUUGGACAUACUGUUGUUGCCUAUAGAACAAGCUGUCGAGCUAGGAGGAAGCUCUUAUUUCACCGAGUUGACCCCGAAGCUGUGCUUCCUUGUAAAGUUGUCUUCUCUGCAUACCAUAAGGUUCCACGGUCUCCAACUCCUUCCGCUGGGAAAGCAUCAAAAUGUAAUAGUGAAAUGAGGAAACUUGCUGGCUCAGCUCGUGAGGAAGGGGAAAUUCCUGCCAAACUGCUUGCUGAUGUUGACAGCUUAUUCAUCUCUUGCUUAGGGGUUACUCUUCAUUACAAACUUAGGUUGCCUGGAUCACCUUGCCGUUCCUUGUCCUCCACACCCCGUGUUGACAGGCCAUUAAAUCUUUUAUCAAAUUCGGAUUAUUGUAUCCGGAGGAGCUACAGUAGUCAGUUUCUUGCGAACUGUCUAUCCACACCUUUAUUAGAUGGUUUUCAAACUCCCUCCAUCCUGUCUGAAGAAAUGCCUAGUCUCAACCUAGAUGAAGUUGGUGAUGGAGAUGCAGUUCAUGGGUCGGGGUCUCCUCUGUCUAUACGAGAUCUGGAAGAUAAUGAUCAGUUUGGAAUUGUUCUGGUGCAUGGUUUUGGUGGCGGGGUCUUCUCUUGGAGAAAUGUGAUGGGAGUACUAGCUCAGCAGGUAGGUUGUGCAGUCACUGCUUUUGACAGGCCAGGAUGGGGAUUGUCAUCUAGGCCUUUCCGAGCAGACUGGGAGGAGAAUCAAUUGCCUAAUCCCUACACGCUUGAUGCUCAGGUUGACCUGCUUCUGUCUUUUUGCUCAGAGAUGGGUUUCACUUCAGUGGUACUUGUUGGCCAUGACGAUGGUGGAUUGCUUGCACUAAAGGCUGCACAAAGGGUGCAGUCAUCCACAAAUUUUAUUAAUGUUAAGAUCAAGGGGAUUGUAUUAUUGGGUGUUAGCCUGUCAAGAGAAAUGGUUCCUGCCUUAGCAAGAAUAUUAUUACGCACUUCGCUCGGAAAAAAGCACUUGGUGCGUCCUCUUUUGCGAACGGAAAUUACUCAAGUUGUUAAUAGACGAGCAUGGUAUGACGCAACCAAGUUGACGACUGACAUUUUGAGCUUAUACAAGGCACCGUUAUGUGUGGAAGGUUGGGAUGAAGCACUCCAUGAGAUAGGGAAGCAGUCAUAUGAGACAGUCCUCUCCCCAGAAAAAGCCACAGCACUGCUGAAAGCAGUUGAAAGCUUGCCAGUUUUGGUGAUUGGGGGAGCUGAAGAUGCACUUGUACCUUUGAAGUCUGUUCAAGCUAUGGCUUCAAAACUUGUGAAUUCUAGACUGGUUGCAAUAUCGGGAUGUGGUCAUCUUCCGCAUGAGGAAUGUCCGAAGGCAUUCUUAGCUGCUAUGUUACCGUUCAUCAAUAGAAUUUUAGUUGAACAGCUGCAACACCAAUCGGGUGCUCUCUGUUAAGUCAAGCGGCAUCCUGUAUAUUUAGAUCAUUUUGUAUUGUUCUUUUUAGAGUUACUUGAAAGGUAGCCCAUCUUUAGGUAGUCUUGCUGAUAGUUUGGAGCUCUGCUUUAGAGCUUUUAGAUUUAGUUUCGCUGAUUCUUAAGCUUGUUUUACUAGUUUCUGUUAUCCGCCACACAACGAGUGGAGAUAACUUUUCUAUGUACAUCUUUUCAGCAGAAAAAUUCUGAGUAGUUUCCCCAAGGUGGAUUACUUUCCAUCUCUUUCUCCUCAUGUGUGUUCUUUUUCCUGAGAAACGAUGAUUGACUGGAAGAUCAAUUGGUAUUUUCA